AUGGGUACAGAGGUCAGCCCAGUCAUGUCCCGUACAGCCGAAGAGCAGGCAGGUACUCACCCAAAAAUGAACAUAACAAAAUUGUUAUGAAAAUCUAAACUCAAUAUUCUGUUUGCUAAAAUCUAUUGUCACUAGAAAGUUUUGUAUGCAGAUGUUCAUCAUGAAUAAUAACAAUUUUAAGUCUUACAGCCAUUUUGUUGUUAAGAAGUUGUCACAGAUAUCAAAACACCAGCCAUCAUCAGUCAAGCAUAUUUUGUAGUGUUGUCAAGUUCAUUAUCUCCAGCUAGUUCAGUUCAGUCAGAGAGUGGGAACAACCAUAUUGUUUUAGCAUUGCUGUCUCAAUGACUUUGCCUCUCUGGUACCAGGUCACUUGGAUUCCUUCCCACUGUCUGAUCUUUCCUGUCUCUCCAGAUGUCUGCCCAACUUCUGUGAACAUGGAGGGCAGUGUUCCCAGUCCUGGAACACCUUCUACUGUGACUGCUCUGGAACAGGAUACACUGGAGCCACCUGCCACAACUGUGAGUACCUGCCUGCUCUCCGGCUGUUCUGGACAUGACUGGGCUGACCUCUGUACCCCAUUGUGUUUCAUUGUGUAAAUACAUUACCUGAUCAAAUGUAUGUGGACACCUGCUUGUCGAACAUCUCAUUCCAAAAUCAUGGGCAUUAAUAUGGAGUUGGUCCCCCUUUGCUGCUAUAACAGCCUCCACUAUUCUGGGAAGGCUUUCCAUUAGAUGUUGGAACAUUGCUGCGGGGACUUGCUUCCAUUCAGCCACAAGAGUGAGGUCGGGCACUGAUGUUGGGCGAUUAGGCCUGGCUCGCAGUCGGUGUUCCAAUUCAUUCCAAAGGUGUUCGAUGGGGUUGAGGUCAGGGCUCUUUGCAGGCCAGUCAAGUUCUUCCACACUGAACUCGACAAACCAUUUCUGUAUGGACCUCGCUUUGUGCAAGAGGGCAUUGCCAUGCUGAAACAGGAAAGGGCCUUCUCCAAACUGUUGCCACAAAAUUGGAAGCACAGGAUCAUCUAAAAUGUCAUUGUUUGCUGUAGCAUUAAGAUUUCCCUUCACUGGACCUAAGGGGCCUAGCCCGAACCAUGAAAAACAGCCCAGACCAUUAUUCCUCCUCCACCAAACUUUACAGUUGUCACUAUGCAUUGGGGUUGGUAGCGUUCUCCUGGCAUCCGCAAAACACAAAUUUGUCCGUCGGAAUGCCGGCCUGAAGCGUGAUUCAUCACUCGAGAAAAUGCGUUUCCACUGCUCCAGAGUCCAAUGGCGGCGAGCUUUACACCACUCCAGUCGACGCUUGGCAUUGCGCAUGGGGAUCUUAGGCCUGUGUGCGACUGCUCAGCCAUGGAAACCCAUUUCAUGAAGCUCCCGACGAACAGUUGUUGUGCUGACGUUGCUUCCAGAGGCAGUUUGGAACUCGGUAGUGAGUGUUGCAACCGAGGACAGAGGUUUUUACCCGCUACGUGCUUCAGCACUCAGCGGUCCCGUUUUGUGAGCUUGUGUGGCCUACCACUUCGCGUCUGAGCCGUUGUUGCUCCUAAACGUUUCCACUUCACAAUGACAGCACUUACAGUAGACUGAGGAAGCUCUAGCAGGGCAGAAAUGUUACGAACUGACUUGUUGUAAAGGUGGCAUCCUAUGACGGUGCCACGUUGAAAGCCACUGAGCUCUUCAUUAAGGCCAUUCUACUGCCAAUGUUUGUAUAUGGAGAUUGCAUGGCUGUGUGCUCGAUUUUCUACACCCUUCUACAGCAACGAGUGUGGCUAAAAUAGCCGAAUCCACUAAUUUGAAGGGGUGUCCACAUACUUUUGUAUAUAUAAUGCCUUGCAAAAGUAUUCAUCCCCCUUGGCGUUUUUCCUAUUUUGUUGCAUUACAACCUGUAAUUUAAAUUAAUUUUUAUUUGGAUUUCAUGUAAUGGACAUACACAAAAUAGUCCAAAUUGAUGUAGUGAAAUAAAAAAAAUUACUUGUUUCAAAAAAUUUAUAACGGACAAGUGGUACGUGCACACCCCCUUUGCUAUGAAGCCCCUAAAUAAGAUCUGGUGCAACCAAUUACCUUCAGAAGUCACAUAAUUAGAUAAAUAAAGUCCACCUGUGUGCAAUCUAAGUGUCACAUGAUCUGUCACAUGAUCUCAGUAUUGUGGAGAAGUGCAGAUCAGGGUUGGGUUAUAAAAAAUAUCAGAAACUUUGAACAUCCCACAAGGCACCGUUAAAUCCAUUAUAAAAAAAAUGGAAAGAAUAUGGCACCACAACAAACCUGCCAAGAGAGGACCGCCCACCAAAACUCACAAACCAGGCAAGGAGGGCAUUAAUCAGAGAGGCAACAAAGAGACCAAAGAUAACCCUGAAGGAGCUGCAAAGCUCCACCGCAGAGAUUGGAGUAUCUGUCCAUAGGACCACUUUAAGCUGUACACUCCACAGAGCUGGGCUUUACGGAAGAGUGGCCAGAAAAAAGCCAUUGCUUAAAGAAAAAGGAAGCAAACACGUUUGGUGUUCGCGAAAAGGCAUGUGGGAGACUCCCCAAACAUAUGGAAGAAGGUACUCUGGUCAGAUAAGACUAAAAUUGAGCUUUUUGGCCAUCAAGGAAAACACUAUGUCUAGCGCAAACCCAACACCUCUCAUCACGCCGAGAACACCAUCCCCACAGUGAAGCAUGGUGGUGGCAGCAUCAUGCUGUGGGGAUGUUUUUAUUGGCAGGGACUGGGAAACUGGUCAGAAUUGAAGGAAUGAUGGAUGGCGCUAAGUACAGGGAAAUUCUUGAGGGAAACCUGUUUCAGUCUUCCAGAGAUUUGAGACUGGGACGGAGGCUAACCUUCCAGCAGGACAAUUACCCUAAGCAUACUGCUAAAGCAACACUCGAGUGGUUUAAUGGGAAACAUUUAAAUGUCUUCGAAUGGCCUAGUCAAAGCCCAGACCUCAAUCCAAUUGAGAAUCUGUGGAAUGACUUAAUGAUUGCUCUACACCAUCGGAACCUAUCCAACUUGAAGGAGCUGGAGCAGUUUUGCCUUGAAGAAUGGGCAAAAAUCCCAGUGGCUAGAUGUGCCAAGCUUAUAGAGACAUACCCCAAGAGACUUGCAUCUAUAAUUGCUGCAAAAGGUGGCUCUACAAAGUAUUGACUUUGGUGGAGUGAAUAGUAUUUGUUGUUUAUUUCACAAGAAAAAAUAUUUUGCAUCCUCAAAGUGGUAGGCAUGUUGUGUAAAUCAAAUGAUACAAACACCCCCAAAAUCCAUUUUAAUUCCAGGUUGUAAGGCAACAAAAUAGGAAAAAUGCCAAUGACCUGAAUACUUUCGGAAGCCACUGUAUGGUGUAUACAGUCGUGGUCAAAAGUUUUGAGAAUGACACAAGUAUUGGUCUUCACAAAGUUUGUUGCUUCAGUGUUAUGAGAUAUUUUUGUCAGAUGUUACUAUGGUAUACUGAAGUAUAAUUACAAGCAUUCCAUUACAUGAAGUUGAUGCAAAGAGUCAAUAUUUGCAGUGUUGACCCUUCUUUUUCAAGACCUCUGCAAUCCGCCCUGGCAUGCUGUCAAUUAACUUAUGGGCCACAUCCUGACUGAUGGCAGCCCAUUCUUGUAUAAUCAAUGCUUGGAGUUUGUCAGAAUUUGUGGGUUUUUGUUUGUCCACCCGCCUCUUGAGGAUCGACCAGAAGUUCUCAAUGGGAUUAAGGUCUGGGGAGUUUCUUGGCCAUGGACCCAAAAUGUCGAUGUUUUGUUCCCCGAGCCACUUAGUUAUCACUUUUGCCUUAUGGCAAGGUACUCCAUCAUGCUGGAAAAGGAAUUGGUCGUCACCAAACUGUUCUUGGAUGGUUGGGAGAAGUUGCUCUCUGAGGAUGUGUUGGUACCAUUCUUUAUUAAUGGCUGUGUUCUUAGGCAAAAUUGUGAGUGAGCCCACACCCUUGGUUGAGAAGCAACACCACACAUGAAUGGUCUCAGGAUGCUUUACUGUUGGCAUGACACAGGACUGAUGGUAGCGCUCACCUUGUCUUCUCCAGACAAGGUGUUUUCAGGAUGCCCCAAACAAUCGGAAAGGGGAUUCAUCAGAGAAAAUGACUUUACCCUUCUUGACACAAGGCCAUCCUUCAAAAGUCUUCGCAUCACUGUGCAUGCAGAUGCACUCACAUCUGCCUGAUGCCAUUCCUGAGCAAGCUCUGCACUGUUGGUGCCCCGAUCCUGCAAUUGAAUCAACUUUAGGAGACGAUCCUGGCGCUUGCUGGACUUUCUUGGGCACCCUGACGCCUUCUUCACAACAAUUGAACCUCUCUCCUUGAAGUUCUUGAUGAUCCGAUAAAUGGUUGAUUUAGGUGCAAUCUUACUAGCAGCAAUAUCUUUGCCAGUGAAGCCCUUUUUGUGCAAAGCAAUGAUGACGGCACGUUUUUCCUUGCAGGUAACCAUGGUUAACAGAGGAAGAACAAUGAUUUCAAGCACCACUCUCCUUUUAAAGCUUCCAGUCUGUUAUUCUAACUCAAUCAGCAUGACAGAGUGAUCUCCAGCCUUGUCCUCGUCAACACUCUCACCUGUGUUAACGAGAGAAUCACUGACAUGAUGGUAGCUAGUCCUUUUUUGGCAGGGCUGAAAUGCAGUGGAACUGUUUUUUAAGUUCAUUUUCAUGGCAAAGAGGGACUUUGCAAUUAAUUGCAAUUCAUCUGAUCACUCUUCAUGACAUUCUGGAGUAUAUGCAAAUUGCCAUAAUCAAAACUAAGGCAACAGACUUUGUGAAAAUUAGUAUUUGUGUCAUUCUCAAAACUUUUGACCACGACUGUAAAUAAACAAUCUAGUCUCACUAUUUCAUUAUCUAAUAUGUUGUUGUAAGGUUUAGCCAUAGAUUGUUUUGCAUACUUAGAGGGUGUUUGAUGAGAUAUGAGACACUGUAGUUAUUGCUAGGCCACCAUCACAUUUGAAAUGGAAACGAAUACGAAUACACAUGACCCCAUAAUAAAACUCUGUUUCUGCAAGCAUUUUUGUUUUUAUAACGGCCUGUGAACAUAUGUUAUUACAUUUACCUUACUCAAAUUGUAUUUUCAUUCUCUACUCCCGUGUGUGUUCCUCUGUAGCCAUCUAUGAGGCAUCAUGUGAGGCCUACAGGCUGACUGGCAGCUCCUCAGGCUACUUCUCCAUUGAUCCAGAUGGCAGUGGACCUCUGGGGCCGAUACAGGUCUACUGCAACAUGACAGGUGAGCUGCCAUCCUGGCCCUCAACCUUACAUACACAUUUAGACUGAUGGCCUUUAUGAUCUUGUUGUCAGACUAAUCUAGAUUUACAGCCGGAUUGCCAUUGAUUGACUUUAAAAUGGCGCCGGAGGGGAUUGAUGCCGUUUUAUGGGCUCUUAACCAACCGUGCUAUUUUGUUUGUAUUUUCGCAUUGUUUGUAACUUAUUUUGUACAUAAUGUUGCUGCUACCAUCUCUUAUGACCGAAAAGAGCUUCUGGACAUCAGAACAGCGAUUACUCACCUUGAACUGGACGAAUAAUUUUUCUUUAAUGAGUCGGACGAGAGGGAUUUUCAGACACCCGACAGGGCCCUCAUCCCUGUCAUUCACAGGAGAAAGAGACGGAGAUAUCGCGGAAGGAGAUCGGGGUGCCUGAUAAGGAGCCGGCGACAAGUGCCUAAUCUGCCUUUGCCAUUGGUACUAUUGGCCAACGUACAAUCGCUGGAUAAUAAAGUGGCAAACUAAAAGCAUGUAUAUCCUACUGUCACGGUUUUGGCCGAGACUGCUCCUCCUCCUGGUUCGGGCAGGCUUCGGCGUUCGCCGUCCCCGGAGUACUAGCUGCCACCGUUGUAUGUUUCGUGGUGUGAUUGCUUUAGUCUGUCUUGUACACCUGUGUCUGUUUGUGUUCUGAUUACGUGUCUUAUAAGUUCCCUGUUUUGUAUUAGUUAGAUUGUGUGUUGUUGUUUGCCUGUCGUGCGGAGCUGCGUGUUUGCGCUCUGUUAGUUUUGUUUAUUGUUUUACGCAUGUUGCGUAAUUCCCUCGCCUCCGUUUGUUUUCGAGGUCGUGUACUGUUUUGUUGAACUUUGGACUAGUAAAGUCUUUUGGACGAAUCCUCUGUGUCCUGCGCCUGACUCCUCCACCACAUCCACAUCGGUUCUUUUGACAGAGCAACACAACCAACCAUGGAGUCAGCAGGAGCAGCGGCGGCACCCAAGUCGCUGGAAGAGCGGAUCAGCUAUCAAGACACCAUGAUCCGGCAACUUGGGGCCGCCAUGGACGAGGUGUCCAACACUCUGCGCCGGUUGGUGACUGGAGAGGUGCCUACGCCUUCUUACUCCAUCCCAUCACCAACGGCCAGUCCUCCUCUCUCAGCACCGGAACCCAGUGGCAUUCGGCUCUCGCUCCCGAGGGCAUAUGACGGUUCUGCAGCCGGGUGUCAGGGGUUCCUCCUGCAGGUGGAACUCUACCUGGCUACCAUACACCCAGCGCCCUCGGGAUACGAGAGCGUCUCCACCCUCAUCUCCUGUCUAUCCGGCAAGGCGUUGGAGUGGGCCAACGCCGAAUGGAGGGGAAUAGACGCCGCUACCAUCACCUACGCGGGGGAGCGUCUGUUCCACCUCCGACAGGGGAAGAGGAGCGCACAGGAGUUCGCACUGGAGUUCCGGACGCUAGCGGCGGAUGCGGGGUGGAAUGAGAGGGCCCUCAUCGACCAUUACCGGUGCAGCCUACGAGAGGACGUUCGUCGUGAGCUGGCCUGCAGGGACACCAACCUAUCAUUCGACCAGUUGGUGGACAUCUCCAUACGUCUCGACACCCUGCUGGCUACCCGCGGACGUCCCGAGUGGGGGCCGACCAUUCCACCCUCCAGCACCUCCGAGCCGAUUCCCAUGGAGCUCGGGGGUGCUGGCGCUAGAGAGAGGAGGAGAUAGAAACCGAGGGGGGCCACCCCCUGCACCAACUGUGGCCGUGGAGGACACACCGCGGCCAGGUGCUGGGGAGGGUCUCCUGGGAGAGGGGACAACAGGUCACGCACUGGGGAGUCAUUUCAGGUGAGUAGGCGCCCCACUUACCCAGAGCUUUCUGUUGGUCACAUGAGUAUUCCUGUGAGAUUUCCACAGGUGGCACCUCAUUCCCAGCAUAAGGCGCUAGUAGAUUCAGGCGCAGCUGGGAAUUUUAUUGAUCGGGCAUUUUGUUAUAGGUUUGGAAUUCCCCUUCGGCCGGUAGAAGCCCCCUUUCCUGUCCACGCCUUAGACAGCCGGCCGUUGGGGUCGGGGCUGAUCAGAGAAGUCACAGCACCACUUACUAUGACGACGCAGGGGGGUCAUGAGGAGAUCAUUCAGUUUUAUCUGAUUGACUCUCCUGCGUACCCCGUGGUGUUGGGGCUUCCCUGGUUAAGCACCCACGAUCCUACCAUUGCGUGGCAACAGAGGGCUCUUAUGGAGUGGUCUGCCCAGUGUGUAGGGAGAUGUCUAGGUGUUUCCUUAGGGGCGACCUCGGUUGAGAGUCCGAACCAAGUGCCCGCAAUGCGCAUUCCCCCUGAGUAUGAGGACUUAGCACUCGUGUUCAGCAAGACGAGGGCAACACGGCUACCACCUCAUAGACAGGGGGACUGUGCGAUAAAUCUCCAAACAGGAGCGGCUCUUCCGCGGAGCCGUGUGUAUCCCCUGUCUCAAGAGGAGACAGCGGCUAUGGAGACUUACAUAGCUGAGUCCUUGGCACAGGGAUACAUAUGGUCCUCCACUUCCCCGGUUUCCUCGAGUUUCUUCUUUGUGAAGAAGAAUGACGGGGGUUUGCGCCCGUGUAUUGAUUACCGUAGUCUCAAUCAGAUCACGGUUAAGUACAGUUACCCUCUUCCACUGAUUGCGACUAUGACGGAGUCAUUACGCGGAGCGCAGUUCUUCACAAAGUUGGAUCUCAGGAGCGCGUACAAUCUGGUGCGCAUUAGGGAGGGGGAUGAAUGGAAAACGGCAUUUAGCACCACCUCGGGUCAUUACGAGUAUCUCGUCAUGCCAUACGGGCUAAUGAAUCCUCCUUCAGUCUUCCAAUCCUUUGUUGACGAGAUUUUCCGGGACAUGCAUGGGCAGGGUGUGGUAGUGUACAUCGACGACAUCCUAGUGUACUCUUCUACACGAGCCGAGCAUGUAGCCCUGGUGCGCCGAGUGUUGAGAAGACUGUUGGAACAUGACUUGUAUGUCAAGGCAGAGAAAUGCCUGUUCUUCCAGGAGUCCGUCUCCUUUUUGGGUUAUCGGUUGUCCGCGUCUGGUGUGGAGAUAGAGGUAGACCGUGUGUCGGCCGUGCGUAAUUGGCAAACUCCAACCACUGUAAAAGAGGUGCAGCAGUUCUUGGGUUUUGCUAAUUACUACCGGAGGUUUAUUCGGGGCUUUGGACAGGUUGCAGCGCCCAUUACGUCCCUGUUAAAGGGGGGUCCGGUUCGUCUGCAGUGGUCAGCUGAGGCGGACAGGGCAUUUGUCAAACUGAAGAACCUGUUCACCUCGGCCCCGGUGCUGGCGCAUCUGGAUCCCUCUUUACCAUUCCAAGUAGAGGUAGACGCGUCCGAGACCGGUAUUGGGGCAGUCCUGUCACAACGGUCCGGCACGCCACCUAAGCUCCGCCCCUGUGCGUUCUACUCUAAGAAACUCAGCUCGGCGGAGCGCAAUUAUGACGUUGGGGACAGGGAGCUGUUAGCUGUAGUCCAGGCCCUAAAGGUGUGGAGGCAUUGGCUUGAGGGGGCUCAACACCCUUUCCUCAUUCUGACCGAUCACCGUAACCUGGAGUACAUCCGGGCAGCUAGGAGAUUGAACCCUCGUCAGGCUAGGUGGAACAUGUUCCUGACCCGGUUUGUUUUUAAGACCACAUACAUCCCAGGGUCCCAGAACGGUAAGGCAGACGCCCUGUCCCGGCGGUAUGACACAGAGGAGAGGUCCAUUGAGCCCACUUCCAUACUGCCGGAGUCUUGUCUGGUGGCUCCGGUGGUAUGGGAGGUCGAUGCGGAAAUCGAGCGGGCACUGCGUGCCGACCCUACUCCCCCCGAGUGUCCUGUGGGGCGGAAGUACGUUCCGCUCGAGGUUCGUGAUCGUCUGAUUUAUUGGGCUCAUACAUCACCCUCCUCUGGACAUCCAGGUAUUGGCCGGACAGUGCACUGCCUUAGCGUGAAAUACUGGUGGCCAACGUUAGCUAAGGAUGUGAGGGUUUAUGUCUCCUCCUGCUCGGUGUGCGCCCAGUGUAAGGCGCCUAGACAUUUGCCCAGGGGUAAGUUACAUCCCCUGCCCGUUCCACAACAACCAUGGUCCCACCUCUCGGUGGAUUUUGUGACCGACCUACCCCCUUCCCAGGGGAAUACCACAAUUUUGGUCAUUGUGGAUCGGUUUUCCAAGGCCUGUCGUCUCCUCCCAAUGCCGGGUCUCCCUACUGCCCUACAGACCGCCGAGGCCCUAUUUACCCACGUGUUCCGGCACUAUGGGGUCCCCGAGGAUAUUGUGUCUGACCGAGGUCCCCAGUUUACCUCCAGAGUCUGGGGGGCGUUCAUGGAACGCUUGGGGGUCUCGGUGAGCCUUACCUCGGGGUACCACUCAGAGAGCAAUGGGCAGGUUGAACGAGUCAACCAGGAUGUGGGUAGGUUUUUGAGGUCCUAUUGCCGGGACCGGCCGGAGGAGUGGUCCAGGUAUAUCCCCUGGCCCACUCCAAGAAGAUGAGAUAGGAGAGACCCCUCCGCCCCCUUUGGACAUCGAGGGGGCCCCGGCGUACAGGGUCCGGACCAUCUUGGACUUGAGGCGCCGGAUGAGUGGUCUCCAGUAUCUCGUGGAGUGGGAGGGGUACGGUCCGGAGGAACGGUGCUGGGUGCCUAGGAGGGACAUCCUCGAUCCAUCCCUCCUGACUGAGUUCCACCGUGGGCAUCCCACGCGCCCGGGUCCGCGUCCUCCUGGCCGUCCCCGAGGCCGGGGUCGGCGCACGGCUGGAGCCGCGCGUCAAGGGGGGGGGUACUGUCACGGUUUCGGCCGAGACUGCUCCUCCUCCUGGUUCGGGCAGGCUUCGGCGUUCGCCGUCCCCGGAGUACUAGCUGCCACCGUUGUAUGUUUCGUGGUGUGAUUGCUUUAGUCUGUCUUGUACACCUGUGUCUGUUUGUGUUCUGAUUACGUGUCUUAUAAGUUCCCUGUUUUGUAUUAGUUAGAUUGUGUGUUGUUGUUUGCCUGUCGUGCGGAGCUGCGUGUUUGCGCUCUGUUAGCUUUGUUUAUUGUUUUACGCAUGUUGCGUAAUUCCCUCGCCUCCGUUUGUUUUCGAGGUCGUGUACUGUUUUGUUGAACUUUGGACUAGUAAAGUAUUUUGGACGAAUCCUCUGUGUCCUGCGCCUGACUCCUCCACCACAUCCACAUCGGUUCUUUUGACACCUACUAACGGGACAUUAAAAACUUUAAUAUGUUUCACCGAGUCGUGGCUGAACGACGACAUGAAUAACAUACAGCUGGCGGCCUAUACACUGUAUCGGCAGGAUAGAGCAGCAGCCUCUGGUAAGACAAGGGGUGGUGGUCUAUGUAUAUUUGUAAACAACAGCUGGUGUAUGAUAUCUAAGGAAGUCUCGAGGUUUUGCUCGCCUGGUGUAGACCACACUAUCUACCAAGAGUUUUCAUCUAUAUACUUCGUAGCUGUCUAUUUACCAGCACAAACCGAUGCUGGCACUAAGACCGCACUCAAUGAGCUAUAUACAGCCAUAAGCAAACAGGAAAAUGCUCAUCCAGAGGCGGCGGUUCUAAUGGCCGGGGACUUUAAUGCAGGGAAACUUAAAUCUGUUUUACCUCAUUUCUACCAGCAUGUUAAAUGUGCAACCAGAGGGAAAAAAAACUCUAGACCACCUUUACUCCACACACAGAGACGCGUACAAAGCUCUCCCUCGCCCUCCAUUCGGCAAAUCUGACCAUAAUUCUAACCUCCUGAUUCCUGCUUACAAGCAAAAACUAAAGCAGAAAGCACCAGUGACUUGGUCAAUAAAAAAGUGGUCAGAUGAAGCAGAUGCUAAGCUACAGGACUGUUUUGCUAGCACAGACUGGAAUAUGUUCCGGGAUUCUUCCGAAGGCAUUGAGGAGUACAUGGCCGUGUGGUGCCAGGAUUACAACCUCUCCCUCAACAUGAUCAAGACAAAGGAGAUGAUUGUGGACUACAGGAAAAAGAAGAGGGCCGAGCACGCCCCCAUUCUCAUCGACGGGGCUGUAGUGAAGCAGGUUGAGAGCUUCAAGUUCCUUGGUGUCCACAUCACCAACAAACUAACAUGGUCCAUGCACACCAAGACAGUUGUGAAGAGGGCACAACAAAACCUAUUCCCCCUCAGGAGACUGAAAAUAUUUGGCAUGGGUCCUCAGAUCUUCAAAACGUUCUACAGCUGCAACAUCGAGAGCAUCCUGACUGGUUGCAUCACUGCCUGGUGUGGCAACUGCUCGGCUUCCGACCGCAAGGCACUACCGAGGGUAGUGCGUACGGCCCAGUACAUCACUGGGGCCAAGCUUCCUGCCAUCCAGGACCUCUGUACCAGGCGGUGUCAGAGGAAGGCCCAUGGGGCGGCACACAAUUGGCCCAGCGUCGUCCAGGUUAGGGGAGGGUUUGGCUGGCAGGGGUAUUCUUGUCCCGUCGCGCACUAGCGACUCCUGUGGCGGGCCGGGUGCAGUGCACGCUGACACGGUCGCCAGGUGUACGGUGUUUCCUCCGACACAUUGGUGCAGCUGACUUCCGGUUUAAGCGUGCAUUGUGUCAAGAAGCAGUGUGGCUCGGCUGGGUUGUGUUUCAGAGGACCCAUGGCUCUUGACCUUCGCCUUUCCCGAGUCUGUAUGGGAGUUGCAGCGAUGGGACAAGACUGUAACUACCAAUUGGAUACCUCCAAAUUGGGGAGAAAAAGUAUUUUUAUAUAUAUAUUUUUUAUAAAAUAUUUUUAAAAAGACUCCAGCCACCCUAGUCAUAGACUGUUCUCUCUGCUACCGCACGGCAAGCGGUACCGGAGUGCCAAGUCUAGGUCCAAGAGGCUUCUAAACAGCUUCUAACCCCAAGCCAUAAGACUACUGAACAUCUAAUCAAAUGGCUACCCAGACUAUUUGCAUUCCCCCCCUUCCGCUUUUACGCUGCUGCUACUCUUUGUUUAUUAUCAAUGCAUAGUCACUUUAAUAACUCUACCUACAUGUAUAUAUUACCUCAAUUGCCUCAACUAACCAGUGCCCCUGCACAUUGACUCUGUGCCGGUGCCCCCUGUAUAUUGCCUCACUAUUGUUAUUUUACUGCUGCUCUUUAAUUAUAUGUUACUUUUAUUUUAUUUUUUAGGUAUUCUUUCUUAAAACGGUAUUGUUGGUUAAGGGCUUGUAAGUAAGCAUUUCACUGUAAUGUCUACACCUGUUGUAUUUGGGUGCAUGUGACAAAUAUAAUUUGAUUUGAUUUGAUUUUGAUCAUAAUCCAACAAUAUUAUGAUAAUUCAGAUCAAUCUCAGUCUAUUUCAUUGAUCUUCAUGGGCUUUAUUUAAGCUAGGUACAUUCUGGAUUAAAUGCAUUUUUCUUUUCCCUUUAUCCCUUUAUUUGGGAAGCAGCCACAUUAGACCGUUUCAUAUCUGUAAAAUCUGAAUGCACUGGUUGACCAAGACUGACUGGUAAUUAGGGGGACUGUCAGAUAUGUAAAUAUCUCCCAGCUUGGUACAGGAUCGUGAAUAAUCAUACAUCAUAUUCAAAUCACUCCUCGAAAUGAAACUUAACGUAUAAUCAGUACGGUGCUUUCAGAUUGUGACUCUGACUUUCUGACUUGUGUCAUCCUCAAUUAUUCUAUUUAUGCAUGUUCCUUUUUACAUCUGUUUUUAAAAGUGUCAAAAUAAACUAAACUAAAACCUGUUUCUUAUUUGCUCCAUAUUGUGUGUGUAGAGGACAAGGUGUGGACAGUGGUGACACACAACAGCACAGAUCCAGUCAGUGUCCAGGGUUCUACACUCCAGAAGCCCUACAUAACGAAGUUCAAUUACAGCGCCUCACCUGAACAACUGAUGGCCCUCGUGGCCGGGUCAGUGCAGUGUCAACAGGAAGUAGUAUACAGCUGCAGGAAGUCCCGCCUCUUUAACACUUGGGGUGAGCAUUUCCUGUAUUGGCUUGCAACGUGAUUGAAACCUGAUCUCCUCAAAACAGUUCAGUUACAGAUAUUUAGCACAUUUCACUUAGCAGGCAUCCGAAGCACAACCCAUUUAAUACCCAUUGUUUGUCCAUGAAGAGUUUGUUUAUUCCCAGCUGUAUAAGUUCUAUUGAACAUUGUUUGUGUGCUGUCGCAUGGGGAGUUGAAGAAUUCAUCUAGCUAGUGAGACCCCUUUAUUCCCUCAGUUUUCUCAUCGCUUGGGGAGAACUCAACUAUAGGUUCAUCUUUUAUGAAAAAUGUAGUCAGAUCUCUAUGAGGUGAAUACAAUGUCACCGCAGACAAUAAACAAGUUUAUUAUGCCCAAACAACAAGAUAAUUAAAGGAAAAAAAUAGUGUUAUUUUCAGGCCCAGUAGAUAUGAAACAAAACAUAAUUGCUUUCAUUGUUUGCUUGAACGCUUCAGAAACCGCUGCUGUCUAAAAAAGAAGAGAUUUAAAAACACAGCUCACUGUAAUUUGACUUGCAAACAACAGAUGUGAUAGAAACAGGAAGAUUCGGUGUAAUUGUAUAAAUGCUGACAGAUAAUUUGUUCGUUCGACAUGUUGGGAUCUUUUUUUGUCAGUAAAAUGUAUAAUGCAGGAAAUGGCAGUGGAAACGCCUUUAAAGCACAAAUAUUGGUAUAAUAACCAUCAUAUCGAAGUAAAUUUGGAGUCACGCGAUGAUAUGGUGUGUGGUCCUCCUACUACAACUCAGGAAACCAUUCAGUUUAUUAGGCUACAGAUAAAAUAAGUUAUCAUGAACUUCACAGGGUGGUGAAAGUGCACGGUGAUCAGCUUGAUGCUGCUUCUUGAUGCUGCUUUCCAAUAAAUAUCGAGGGUCUUAUUCUGGUGACAUGAUGAUCGAUGCUUGACUACCGUUUGACAAAUAAAAACAUUCUCUCUCUUAUCCAUAAUAAUCUCAUCAUGUAGACUAGCCAACCCUCACAGCCUACUGUAUCUACGUGCUGUUGGCUAGAGCGCAGGUACCAAGGCCAGAGUAGGCACAUUUGCUAUUUAACACAACAGUUAUUGUGACAAAACUAUCGGUAAAGUUGAAAAUGCCAUGGAAACACAUUGAACUUUCAAUUUGUAUUCAGUACAUGAAAACUUAAGCGAAAAAGUACAUUUUGUGUGCGCUACGUCAUCACGCACUGAUUUUUAUCCUCAACAAGUCAGUUUAGUAGAAACAUACCACUUGUGGGAAAAUGCUCAUAUUUUCUUUAUGCGGAUUCUAGAAUAUUCACAUGAAAAUCUGUCGCCAAUUGGAUGGAAUCCUAGCUAGUGAUGCACUUUCUAUCCUGCUAUAUGAAAGAUGGCUUUUUUCAUUCUACAUCAUAAGAAGCUUUACAGAAAGGUUAUCAUUAUGGCCAGGCCUACACUUCAUUUGCCAGAGACAGAACUAGAUCCAUAUGCUAAAUAUAAGCUGCAUAAUGUGCAAAGCUGAAAGAGGUUAAACUAAAGCAAACAAGAAUGGAUUUGUAAAAAGCGGAUUAUCUUAACAUGAUAACAUCUACUCCACAUGUACAUAUUUCAUUUGCAUGAAAAAGGGAAACUUUAUUUAGCUCACCUUUUCACUAUAAUGACAGUAAGAUCUUACAUAACAUUAUUUUUGAGUAACAGGAACUUACCGUUUACCCUCACCAUUUAUCUAGAUGAAAGCAUCACUUUGUCUCUCCUGUCAUUGAAAAUUCCAAGUGAUUUAUUCUCUGGAAGGGUCUUGAUAAAUACAUUCUUCCUAACUCCUUGAGACGGUAACUCAUCUCCCUAUACGGAAAUAUAGAUUUAAUCAGAUCUUCCACUGUGUUUGAGCACGUUUGGAAACCAAUUUCCUCAUGAUUACUUUGAUUUAACUGGAAAACAAGACACAGACACCACUACUGCAUUUUGUUGAAUUAUUAACCUGGCUCUUAUCCCAGACCUACCUAAACCAUAAAAACCAGGAUUACUGUAUAUCCUGUCUCAAACUAUAUCGGACGCUAAUGGAAAGCAAACAACUGAUUUAUUGCGAUUCAUCACGAUGGUUGAAAUUUUGUGAAAGAAUCUUGAUGCAAGUAUUAAAGUCAAGGUCAGGCUAUAUCAAGCAUAAUUUUAGCAUCAAUGCAUGAAUAUGGGGAAAUCCUCUUGGUGUAGAAUUACCACCAAUCCAAACCCAUAAAGUAUAGUAUAUACUCAUCCUAUUUCCAUAUAAUUUCUUAUUCCUAAACCAUUUCUGUAUUCGGUGGUCUAUUCAGCUUUGUUUCAAUUGAGUAACAAUGGCAAUUUGACAUGAUGAACAAAGGCAGAAUGAUAUUGGAUAACAUGCUUUGGUACACUGUAAUCCGUUACCCACAACAUACACUGUCAAUGUCAGUCAGUGUGACUUGACCAGUAUCACUGUCACAAGCCCCCCAUGCCCACACUUAUCAAAUUACUCUCAAUGUAAUGUUUCCAUUAUACGGUCCCCACUCUCCCACCACUCUCCUGUCUUAAGAGUACAGUCUGAGAGCUAAGAGGCUGCUCCCUGCAGGCCUGUAGUGUCUCUAAUGCAGAGUCAUAUUGUCUGACGGAUGGCUGUAGCGGGGCCACUUACAGAUGCUCCAGGAAAUGAGCCCUGGGUGUCUGACUGGCGUCACUGAGGGCUCAUUGACACAAUGCCAUGGGAUGCCAACAGAUGCCCAGGGCUCUAAUCACAGUCACUGCACAGAUAAUGCUACUCUAUAUGUGGAUCUAAUUGUAAUACUGUGGUUGGUGCAGAUGGCAGCCCCCUGUCCUGGUGGGUGGACCAGGGUGGAGAGAGACGGACCUACUGGGGAGGCUUCCUGCCGGGGGUUCAGCAGUGCUCCUGCAGCCUGGAGGAAAACUGCAUGGACAUGAACUACUUCUGUAACUGUGAUGCUGACACAGACUCAUGGUAACAAUGCAAAUGGCUCUCUGUGUAUCUACUGCCCUGUCCAUUUUUAUUUUUUAUUUAACCUUUAUUUAACUAGGCAAGUCAGUUGAGAACAAAUUCUUAUUUACAAUGACGGCCUACACCGGCCAAACCCGGACGACGCUGGGCCAAUUGUGCGCUGCCCUAUGGGACUCCCAAUCAGGGCUGGUUGUGAUACAGCCUGGAAUCGAACCAGGGGGUCUGUAGUGACGCCUCAAGCACUGAGAUGCAGUGCCUUAGACCGCUGCGCCAUCAAUAUGAUUUAGCUACAAAUCUGUGUGCAUAUCUUUUAAUUCUUGUCCCAUCUUAUAUUUCCACAUUUCUACAGUAUUCAGUAUAUUACCUUGUGUCAAAUAUUGAGAUUAAGUGGGUCAUGACAGGGGAGGCGUGUGUUCUAUCAUUGUUUGAUUCCUUCCACAGAGAGCAUACUCUCCUCUCUGUAUUGCAGGGCUAAUGACACAGGAGUCCUCUCCUACAAAGAGCACUUACCAGUGAGUGAGAUCGUGAUUGGAGACACCAGCAGAAAAGGCUCUGAGGCGCUCUACAGAAUCGGCCCACUGUGUUGUUAUGGUGACAGUAGGUGAACUCUUCUGUUUUGUGACAUUUUUAUCUUACAGAUGGUCCCUUUAAACAUCCUUGUUUUUCCAGGCCAAAUGCUGAUGAAAUAUUGAGUAUGUUCAAAUGCUCCACUCAGUCCCAAGAUAUUCAUCCUCAUCUCUGUAUCUUUCUUAUGUGAGUCAAGACUUUCCUCUAAGAAGAAAUGUGUAUUUCCUGUUUUCUAGAGUCUGUGUGGAAUGCAGCGUCCUUCUACCAGGAGUCAUCCUACCUGCACUUCCCGACCCUCCAGGCAGAGCUCAGCACUGACAUCUCCUUUUACUUCAAGACCAGCGUCCCAUCAGGAGUCUUUCUGGAGAACCUGGGCCUCAAGCACUUCAUCAGACUCGAGCUCAGCUGUGAGUUUGUGGGCCACACACGCACACACAAACACACACACGCUCAGAAAUAAUCUGCACUUCGUUUCAUGAGAGCACGACAUUACAUAAAAUCACAAAUCUAAUCAAAUUUUAUUGGUUGCGUACACAUAUUUUGCAGAUGUUAUCGCAGGUGCAGUGAAAUGCUUAUGUUUCUAGCUCCAACAGUGCAGUAAUACCUAAGAAUACAAAACAAUACACACAAAUCCCCACAAAAUUAAGAAAGGAAUUAAGAAAUAUCAGGACAAGCAAUGUCAGAGUCUGGAAUAUAAAUAUACUUUAUAUGUAUAUCAUGGUGUGUAUAGACAUUAUGGAGAGUAUAUUAAUAGAAAAGGUGUGUACAGCAGUAGUUAUAUAGGAUGAGCCUUGACAUGUGCUUCAAAAAGCUGUCCAAGCUGUCCAUCUAGAUAUAGACUUCAUAAUGUCAUCCAAAUGAUAAGAUGUAUUAUAAAGUACCAUUGCAGUGCUAUAUCUUUAAGCUGUCAACUUAGCUUUGAAUAGAUGCAGAAAAUGACCCAUGUGCCUAGAGAGAGAAAGAGCAUAAAAGAGGGUUGGAGGGGUGGCAGGGGGUUGGGACAGGAAAUUCUCAGAACUCAUUGUGAGGACAUACUUCUAUUGAAGGGGAAAUGUGAGAAACCAUUGACAAUGGAAGUACAAAAUGUGAAAGAUGAGUUCUCUGUGACCUGACUGUCAGCUAUUCUCCUCCUGUUCUGCUCCCUCAGCUCCGUCCAUGGUGACGUUCUCCUUUGACGUGGGAAACGGGGGGGUGGUCCUGGCUGUCAAGUCCCAUGUGCCACUGAAUGACAGGCAGUGGCACUAUGUGAGGGCGGAGCGCAAUGUGAAGGAGGCCUCUCUGCAGGUGGACCAGCUGCCCUUGCGCUUCCUGGAAGCCCAAUCUGACGGACACCUCCGCCUCCGGCUCAACAGCCAGCUGUUUGUGGGUAGGACUGGCUUGUCCUCAUAGCCUUAGUCUCAGUCUCAACAGCCAGCAGUUUGUGGAUAGGGCUGGUCUGCUCUUAGUCUCAGUCUCAGUCUCAACAACCAACUGUGUGUUGGUAGGGCUGGCCUUGGCCUCAUUAGAUAAUAUAACCCCCCUUAGGAAAUAUUUUAUUUCUUUAGGCAGCCUUUAACAGUGGCCUUUCCCCCUCAAGUUCCACCAGAGAUAUACUGUAUUGUCUCGGUACAGUUGCUAUCUCAGGAUUUACAGUGUCCUCAAAUUUGACAGUAGGUCACUGUAUGAAUUAUAAUGCUAUUAGAUAUUCUUUUUCAUAUUCAUUAUCAUUAUUUCACUGUAACUUUCUGGUUAUGCCAAGGCAUUACACACAUGAAUGGGUUCCCUAUAAGAAAUUCCCAAUGAGCUUUCCCUGAGAUUAAACCUUUAUUUGGCCAUAAAUCUUGAUUUGUCAUUCAGGGGCUAUACUGUUUCUUCUGCUCAUAAUGGCUUGAAAGGUCAGCCCAACUCUUCAUUGUUAAAGAUAUUCUUCCAUAUUUGCAUAUAGUUAGUCUUAAUGAGGCCUCUCACACAUGAAUAGUUCCAGAGAGGUCUUAGAUGCUUACUGGAAUUCAAUCAAGGGUUACAGUAAAUCAGUGAGGUGCUUUCAUAUGUAUGAAGACUAGUUAGAAAUAUGUUAUAACAUAUAUAACUUGUCAUCUCCUCCUCUAGGGGAAACAGCAGCCAGGCAGUGGGGCUUCAGGGACUGCAUUAUGUAUAUAGAGUAGUUAUAAAUCUGUAAUAGGCAUUAUUAACUAGUUAUAACCUGCAGUCUCACCUCUAGGAGGAACAGCAGCUAGUACUCAGUGGAAUAUUAUGCAUGAUAUACUAGUUAUAAAUGUGUUAUAAUUCUGUAAAAGCCAUAUUAAGUCAUUAUAACCUGUGGUCCCUCCUCCAGGGGGAACAGCAGCCAGGCAGAGGAGCUUCAUGGGCUGUAUCAGAACUCUGACUAUAAACGGCAUGACCUUUAACCUGGAGGAGCGGGCUAAGAUGACCCCGGGCGUAAGUGCCGGCUGCCCCGGCCACUGCAGCGGCUCCAGCCGUCUCUGCCACAACAGAGGGAGGUGCAUCGAGAAGAACAGCGGCUACGUCUGUGACUGCUCCCAGUCUGCUUACGGGGGACCCUCCUGCAAGGAAGGUCUGUGAGGAUAUGCCCCAAAAAUUUGAUGUAAAUGGGUUCACUCAUGAGAUUGUCUAUGAUGAAUUAUUAAAUGGAAAAACACUUAAAACACAAUGAUUAAGACAUAAGAAUAGGCUUACACUUUGAAAUUAUUAAUAAUUUAUCUAAUACAGUUAGUACUUCGAACUUGCCCCAGGUCCUCAUCACACUGCAUGUAUUAUACAAUAGAGUGAUGACAUCUAUAUGCAACUGGUACUGUACAGCAAGGGGUGUAACAGUACACGUAUUCAUGCCGAACCAUUCAGUGGCCGAUCAUCCAUCAUCGUUUAAAUCUACAAUUUGGGAACAUUUUGACUUCCCAGUAGAUUACAACGGUGAUGGACAAAGAGUUGUGGAUAAAAUGUAACAGUAUGUCGCCACGCUCAAUGAGAAUAGCCUAUGCAGCUGCCAACACCUCAAAUAUGUUGACACAUCACCCCGGUAUACCGGAGCAAGACGGAAACGCAAAGAGAAAACAACACAACAUCGUCUCCCCUCUGCAUUCAAGCAUUCCUUGCAGCUGAUUCUGACCGGGCCAAAGAAAUUACAAGAGUGAUAGGUAGGCUAUGCUUAUAUUUUGUAGUCUUUGGUUUAUAGACGCGGAUAUGCGCCCAUUCAUGGUGGUUGAGAAUGGGGGGUUUCAGCACCUCAUGAAAGUGCUCGAGCCACGUUACGAACUUCCCUCUAGCACCCAUUUCAGCAAACACUUAAUACCUACUCUAUAGAUGGGUUUGUUGUUUAGCAACAAAACCAAGGCGUGCGCAACUAUGGGGCAAAACAGACGGGGUUGGCUUAGAUUGUUGACAACAUGUAAACAAUAUUUAGUCUUCAAUGUUUAUUGAAAACAGAAAUAAAUGUGCACAAUGAGCACUUGUUGACCCUUAAAUACAUCGUUACAGUUGUUGGUUAGCUAGCUAGCAAAUUUUGCCAUAUUAGCAUUGACAUGAAAUCAGUCAAAACACCUCAAACAAGACAUGGUAUCAAGAACAAGAUGAAACUAGAUGAAACAAGCCACUUACAAUUCCCCACAUUGUAGUCCUGUUAUUGUUGCUAGCCAUCUGGCCAUCCAGUCACAACAACUCACAGACUUCUGCCCUAUUGAACCGUACGCAUUGUGUUAGUGACGUUGUCAGCUAACCCAGCUAUAUAAACAAGCCAAAGCCAACGUUUUCAAUGAAUUGGCCAAUUCACCCUGUGUUACGCUUACUUAACAGUGACAGCCCAUCACAUUACCCCAGAGUGAGAGAUGUACCGUGCUACAGACAUGCCCCCUUUAUGAGAGUCACAACUGUGCAUCUGGCACUCAAGGUGGCAGUGUCAUGGUACGUUCCUAACUAAGUGGGAAGUGGGAAUUUACCACAUACGACUGUGAAUAAUCCUCUUGAACGGCCCUCCAACUGGUAAUUACUAGUGGGAAACUCGUCUAUCAUCCUGAGCACCCACUUCUCCCACAUGGUGACUUCUGACGUCACCUACUAAGGAAACAGACAUUUUUGGCAGUUAAAUGCAACAGCAAAACAUAAUUUAUAAAAAAGCAAUCUAUUAUUGUGUUUUUUUUUUACUCUAUAAUUUGUUUACAAGCAUGAUAGCUGUACAGUCGUGGUCAAACGUUUUGAGUAUGACAAGUAUUGGUCUUCACAAAGUUUGUUGCUUCAGUGUUUUUAAAUAUUUUUGUCAGAUGUUACUAUGGUAUACUGAAGUAUAAUUACAAACAUUCCAUAAGUGUCAAAGGCUUUUAUUGACAAUUACAUGAAGUUGAUGCAAAGAGUCAAUAUUUGCAGUGUUGACCCUUCUUUUUCAAGACCUCUGCAAUCCGCCCUGGCAUGCUGUCAAUUAACUUAUGGGCCACAUCCUGACUGAUGGCAGCCCAUUCUUGCAUAAUCAAUGCUUGGAGUUUGUCAGAAUUUGUGGGUUUUUGUUUGUCCACCCGCCUCUUGAGGAUCGACCACAAGUUCUCAAUGGAAUUAAGGUCUGGGGAGUUUCCUGGCCAUGGACCCAAAAUUUAGAUGUUUUGUUCCCCGAGCCACUUAAUUAUCACUUUUGCCUUAUGGCAAGGUGCUCCAUCAUGCUGGAAAAGGCAUUGUUCGUCACUAAACUGUUCUUGGAUGGUUGGGAGAAGUUGCUCUCGGAGGAUGUGUUGGUACCAUUCUUUAUUCAUGGCUGUGUUCUUAGGCAAAAUUGUGAGUGAGCCCACUCCCUUGGCUGAGAAGCAACCCCACACAUGAAUGGUCUCAGGAUGCUUUAUUGUUGGCAUGACACAGGACUGAUGGUAGCACUUACCUUGUCUUCUCCGGACAAGGUGUUUUCAGGAUGCCCCAAACAAUCGGAAAGGGGAUUCAUCAGAGAAAAUGACUUUACCCCAGUCCUCAGCAGUCCAAUCCCGGUGGCUUCUUUGCUGCCCUUCUUGACACCAGUCCACCCCCCAAAAGUCUUCGCCUCACUGUGCGUGCAGAUGCACUCACACCUGCCUGCUGCCAUUCCUGAGCAAGCUCUGCACUGGUGAUGCCCCGAUCCCGCAGCUGAAUCAACUUUAGGAGACGGUCCUGGCGCUUGCUGGACUUUCUUGGGCACCCUGACGCCUUCUUCACAACAAUUGAACCUCUCUCCUUGAAGUUCUUGAUGAUCCGAUAAAUGGUUGAUUUAGGUGCAAUCUUACUAGCAGCAAUAUCCUUGCCUGUGCAGCCAUUUUUGUGCAAAGCAAUGAUGACGGCACGUGUUUCCUUGCAAGUAACCAUGGUUAACAGAGGAAGAACAAUGAUUUCAAGCACCACUCUCCUUUUAAAGCUUCCAGUCUGUUAUUCUAACUCAAUCAGCAUGACAGAUUGAUCUCCAGCCUUGUCCUCAUCAACACUCUCACCUGUGUUAACGAGAGAAUCACUGACAUGAUGGCAGCUGGUCUUUUUGUAGCAGGGCUGAAAUGCAGUGGAAAUGUUUUUUGGGGAUUAAGUUCAUUUUCAUGGCAAAGAGGGACUUUGCAAUUAAUUGCAAUUCAUCUGAUCACUCUUCAUGACAUUCUGGAGUAUAUGCAAAUUGCCAUCAUCAAAACUGAGGCAGCAGACUUUGUGAAAAUUAGUAUGUGUCAUUCUCAAAACUUUUGACCACGACUGUACUUUUAGUUUAUGGUUGAUGCAGCAUGUUGGCCAUUAGCCAAUCUGCGUUUCUCAACGAGUUCAAAUCACAUGAAUCCAUCCAACUGGUAUUUACAACUUCACAACUGGUACAUUUCCACCUACCACAUGGUUACAAACGCAGCAUCAGAGUGGAAACUUGAGAAGCCCAACAUAACAAUCGUGUCACAACAGACAAUGCCAUGAACAUUGUGAAUGCUGAACAUUGUGAAUGGCAUUUCAUUUUCCCGCUGUACCGAAACCGAACUGAACCGUGACCCCAAAACCGCAAUAGGUACCGAACCGUGGGUUUGGUGAACCAUUACACCCCUAUGUACAGCUCUCCACUCCCCUGUGGAAAAGUACUUUUUAUAACCUUGCUAGGUUUUGAGCCCUCAUACUUUACAACAGAAGCCCUGUUUAUACCUGGUUCUAUCAUGUAUCCUUUGUCCUGAUCUUGUCCACAUUCUGAUUGUGCCCAUCUUUUUUGACAAGUGUAGAUGAUUAAUAAAAGACGCAUUGAAAUCUGAUUGUGAUCAGAUCUUCCUCAACACCUACCGAGGUAGUCAGACGCAUUGUGUCUGGAUAUCUUACAAGUGUAGACGGAUCUCCACAGUGAAACCAUUUCAAUCAUCAUCCCGUCCUAUAAAACAUUGACACAUAUUGAUGCCAUUGACUUAUGGCAUCAAUAUGUGUCUUAAAAUAAAUAAAUAUUAUUUUGAAAGAAUAUCUCUCAAAUAAUUAGCAUAGAGGGAGGGACCAGGAUAUCUGAUCACAAUGCAGAGACAGUGGACAGAUAAGAGACACAUUUUACUACCAUGUGUUGAUGCAACAGCUACAAUGUGGGCACAAUCUGAAAGUGAAUAAGAUCAGGACAAAGGACACAUGGGAUGCGUUUACACAGGCAGCCCAAUUCUGAUAUUUUUUUCACUAAUUGGUAUUUUCACCAAUCAGAUCAGCUCAGAAUUUUUUUUUGAAAAUACUAAUUAGUGGAAAAAAGACCUGAAUCCGGCUGCCUGUGUAAACACAGCCAUGUUAGCCCCAGGUAUAAACGAGGCUAGAAAUAGCAGUUUUUAAGCAAAAAGCAUGAUGUAGUGACCGCCACAUGUGUGGGAUUCUUGCAUAUUUUGAGAUAGUUUGUUUUCUUCUGAAGCACUGGAUGUACUUGUUCCUGAGCCACUUUCCAGUUAAAGCAAUCCUUGCCUUCAAUCAUGCUUAAGAAAAAAAGCAAUAUUGACUUAUCAUAACCCUGUUCUGUCUUUGUAGAUUCUUCUUUAUUUCCACUGUAGGCUCUUUUGUGGGUGGACCGCUAUUCAUUCUCUUUCCGCUAAGUCAUGACUUGUUAUGAAACUUAGUUAUGAAAACAUAAAACUCGCUGAGAAUGUGCUUAGACAGCGCUAUAGUUAUGCAAUAUCUGUCUUUGUCCAUGAAUAAUUUUGAAAAGAACGGGGGAAGAGAAAAUAACAGAAUAUUUGGAGAGGUGUUCACUUUGCUCUUAAAGUGGAGGUGUUGAGAUCAGUGGCAUUCAGAGGGCAGAUUGGAGUACAUCUGAAAAAGAGAUCAAAGAGGGAGAGGAUGAGAUGACAGAUCCUUGCUGCUCUGCUGUCUCUGGUCUGUCUGAGAGGAUCCGGCUCUCACAUUCACACUAAUCUAGGCCUCCAUUAUCAUGGAGCACACACUUCCUUAACAAAGGGUGGUCUGUUUAUUAUAGGAGGUACAUUUUGUUCUAUUUCGUCCAAUGACAUUGACAGAACGUGUAAUUGUCAAGAGUGUUUGUGAUUUUUUAAAUUCUGACUGGUGAUUAGGUUCAGCUAAGUGCAGCUACAACUUAUAGAAUGUGAUCAACAAUAUAUCUAAUGAAUUCAGUGUAUGACAGCAUGACUCCCCUAAUGAUCCAUCGUCUCACUCUGUGUCCAUGCAGAGGUGUCUGUGUCAUUUGACAGAGAGUCGUCGGUGACCUACACCUUCCAGGAGCCUUUCUCUGUGAUGCAGAACAGGAGCUCCCAGGCCUCCAGCGUCUACAGAGAGAGCAGCAGGGCCAGAGAGAACAUGGCUUUCAGCUUCAUGACCACACAAAGCCCUGCCAUGCUGCUCACUGUCAGCACCUUCAGCCAGCAGUACAUAGCUGUAAUCCUGGCACUCAAUGGUAGGGACACCUCUACUACUCAUUUGUCUGUAGUAGUGGAGGCUGCUGAGGGGAGGACGGCUUAUAAUAAUGGCUGGAAUGGAGUGUAAAAGUUGGCACUCCACCAAGGCUUUAGCAAAGGGGGUUAUAAUGGCUCAAUUAGCUAGCAGAGUGCAACUCUAAAUUCAGAAUUUAAUCUCAUUAUAUGGAGGAGUGUUUUCUCCCAUUGUACCUCACAGCAAAGGGCUGAAAGAACCAAGUUGCCUUGUGCAACUUUCAACACAAAUAAUGCAAUCCAUUUUUAUAGAAAGAUGGAAUUAUAGUCCCUUCACAAGUAUGGAACAAGUAAUGUGUCAUGUUUAAAAUAUUUCCAUCCAUUACAUAACGGACAGGAAUAAAAAAAGAAUUUAACCUUGACAGAUCCAGGUUCAGCAAUGCGUCUAAGCCUAUUCAGCCUCAUCCAUAACGAAGCUUUGAGUGCUCCAGAUCACGCACCUUAGACCUCUAAUCUGACAGCCUUCCAAGUAGAACAGAAAGCCCAUCAACAUCGUGUUGAGUUACACUCGUUGUUCUUUAAGUUGUUGCUCCUUUAUGCUCUUUUGUGUUCAUCGGGGCGUGUGGAAGAGUCACGCCUUUGUAAAUAUUGGAGGAUCAGGAGGACACUUCAUCCACAGUAAUCUCCGGCACCCGGGCACUGUCAGGGGUUUCUCAAACAAAACAUAAAACCAUUCGCCAACUGAGCUGGAAUUGUAAUAUUGACCCAUCUUCACUUGAUAAUGUAAAGCUCUCUGCCUCUCUGAUCUAGUGUCGUGUGUGUGGGAGGACCAUUGAGGCUGUUUGAGGAUAACUAUUUAUACAUCUACAGAUGUAGGAUCUUAAUUUAAUCACUCUUUUGUUGAGGAGAAUGUUCCUGCACAGCAGGAAAUGCAAACAUGUUGUGUAGUGUAUUGUGUAAGGUUUCUGAAAUUUGUAAUUUCCACUUUUAAAAUUUGCCCUAACGUAAAAUGUAUCAACCAUUACAAAAAAUAUCCAUGAAUGAUAAUCCACAUAAUAAUUCACAUUUCCUGUUGCCUCAGGAUUAUUUUCCUGCUGUAGCAAACUGGCUCAAAUUAAGAUCCUACAUCUGUAAAGAGGUAACUGUGGGGGCAUCAAUAGAGAAGCACACUGAGUGUACAAAACAUUAGGAACACCUUCCUAAUAUUGAGUUGCACCCCCUUUUGCCCUCAGAACCGACUCAAUUUGUCAGUUCAUGGACUCUACAAGGUCUUGAAAGCAUUCCACAGGGAUGCUGGCCCUUGUUGACUCCAAUGCUUCCUACAGUUCUGUCAAGUUGGCUGGAUGUCUUUUGGGUGGUGGACCAUUCUUGAUACACACGGGAAACUGUUGAGCGUGAAAAACCCAGCAGCAUUACAGUUCUUGACACACUCAAACCGGUGCGACUGGCACUUACUACCAUACGUCUUUCAAAGGCACUUUAAUCUGAAUGGCACACAUACACAAUCAAUGUCUCAAUUGUCUCAAGGCUUAAAAUCCUUCUUUAACCUAUCUCCUCUCUUUCAUUCAGUCAUAAUGAUCUUUUUGUUCGCAUUCCAAACUAAAUGCUCUUUGGUUCUCGGCUUUCCAAACUCAUUUAGAUUGAUUGAUGUGCGUGGGGCAUUGAAUAGGUUAAGGUGAGGUGAGCCUCAUGAGAUAAGUUUAGCUAUUUAAAGGUUAUUCUCAAGCCUCUGGCUUUUUAAUGAUUAAACAACUCUUGGGACAAUCUCAUAGGCACAGCUCAUGGAAAAUUGACGUAUUCAAAGAAACAAGCCAAUAACAUUUCCAAAGCACCAUAAGGGCAAUUGAUGGAUAUUUCAAAAUAAGUUUUCAUUUUGGUGCAUACUUUAGCCCGAAUGAUAACUAGAGAUAUUUGCAUAGUCUUCACAUUGACUUCGAUGCAUAAUUUAAACAAGUCCAAUAGUCCCACACAUUAAGGUAAGUUUUAGAUCUUUCAAUGCAUAGUUUUCACCCAGUUUGUGUUGUGUUCUGCAGGGAGUCUCCAGAUCUGGUAUCGUCUCCAUGUGGACAGGAAGCCAGAUGUGUUCAGCCCCAGCCCCAGCAGCCUGGCAAACGGAUGCCUCCACCGUAUCAGAAUCCACCGUCAGGGGAAAGAUGUCUACCUACAGGUGAGCAAUGGAGACAUGUACAAGAGGUGUAGAUCCUGUGCAUUGUAAUUCCAUCACAGCAUCUGGGCAAUAUUGUUAUCGUUAUGAAAGUGCUGUAGUUCCCAAUCAAUUUAGCUGGACUACAGAAAACUGCAGCCAUUUAGAUGAAUCAGUAUUUCCUGUAAUCCUUGUUUUUAUUUUUUGAUUACUUUCCACUUUCCCCCAGAUCGACCAGGACAUCCACAGAAAGUACACCCUGUCAUCUGAUGCAGAGUUGAUCUUAAUCAGAUCCUUGACUUUGGGCAAAGUCAUUGGUAAGCCCGCCUAUGAAAUGAUACUGCCAUGCAUGGAGCUAUUUUGAAUAAAGGAAUGAGGAGGACCACGCUCACACGUGUGCUGUUUCAUGACUUUAUGUGAUACUGUUCACACCUAUUUCUCCACAUUUUCAAACCCGUUCUCAGAAUAGCUUUUGUAAGCCCGGACUUGCAGAUUGAAAGAUUUGACCAUCACUGCUGAAGCAUAAUUAUUUGUAUAUCCCUCACUGCUGUUGCCAUAGAAACCUUUAUCUUUAAUUCAGGAGGCAAAGGAGGCUGAAUCUAAUAAAGGCUGAAUAAAGAUUAAUUGACGGGGCCUAAAAGGGUUCUGUCAGAGAGCAAAUAAAAGUUGUAUACAAUAACCUAAGCAGAAAGCCAAUUCUCUCUCUCUCCUACUCACUCACUCCUCUAAUCAACAGCAUACAAAUGAAGAUCUAUUAAAAAUGCUCUGCAUACAUAUAUUCCACAAUGACUAACUUGUACAUCAUAAUAGAUAUCUGUUUUGUUUGUUUUAGGUUAAAAUAAACUUGUUCUCUUGUGAGAUGACUUUCUUUCCAGUGAGAGACUAUACUGCUAUAACAGUUCAAUGUUAAUUCUGAAUUACAGGAGGAGAGAAUUUUGAUGAGGAAGUGAUGCAGGCAGGAUCUAAGGGCUUCUUUGGCUGCCUGUCAUCAGUUCAGUUCAAUCACGUGGCUCCACUGAAGGCAGCGCUACUAAACCGUGGCAGCUCAUUGGUCAGCGUACGGGGUCACCUGGUGGAGUCAAACUGUGGGGCGCUGGCUGACUCAACAACCUUACACCCACUCUCAGGUAAGCUAUUGUAAAACACAGUCUCCACUCAGCUAGCUGGAUAAAACUCAGGUCGAACAAAUACAUUUGUUUGUUUACUAUGCCACAGCUGUUCAGCUUUCAUACUGGAAGCCAUUUAAAGGUGUGUGGGAUCAACUGUGGAUGUUCAGUUUUGCCUCCGGCUUAAAGCAUCCUUAUUACAUUUCAGGGAUAAAUCAGGAACGAAUCGAGACCACAAUGAGCUGAUGCCUGACAGCCUAAUGGAAGUUUUGUUUAUCAUUGUUUACGCAGUUACCAAAAUAUGUUAUCUUCUGCCACAUACAGCCUGUUGAGGAACAUCCAUUGGCUGCACAGCUCGUUCACUCAUUACUGAAAGUUAAUUAAUUAGCUGGCUUCUCUUUUCUUCUCUGCCAGAUCAAGCUGCGAAACCAAACAAAGAUAAGGAGCAGCAUGGCAAUGACACCCGGCAUGAUUCAGCAGUAAUAGGAGGUUCGUUUCUCUAUUUUGUCUUAAUUUAUUGUUCCUGUGUUAAUAUGAAAUUAGCCUCAGAUGUCACUUUGUCUGACUUUCUUUUUCUUUCUUCCUUUCUCUUACUCUCUUACCUUACACUAGUUUUUUUUGGUUGUCUCAUUGUUGAGUCCUUGAUAACCUAACCUGUGAUGUCACAACCAACCCUUGCUCAUCUACAGGUGUGGUGACAGCAGUGGUCUUCAUCACUCUGUGUGUGGUGGCGGUGAUGACCCGUUUCCUGUACCAACACCGGCAAGCCCAGAGAGACGCCAGCAUCAAGGAGAAGGAGCACCGACACAACCUGGAAACAGCCUACCGGAGAGAAGCAGCCUACCAGGCAGAACCAGCCUACCGGACAGAGCUCCACCUCCAUGACAGCUCCACCCUCAGGGACAACAGGGAGUACUACAUCUGA